AUGAACGAAGGUAGAAGAGCGCCGAUGGUCAAAAGUGAAUACCUGGCUGGGAUGGAGAUUAUAAAGGCCCAGGACGCGACUGCGAAAAAAGACGAAGGCACGAGUCUCGGUGCAGGUAGCGGUCGUGGUCGUGACGUUAAGGGACAGGAAAUGGACAGGAAGUGGAUAGGCAGAAAGAAGUAA